AUGGCUAACAGGAGGAGGAGGAACACCGCUGGAGCUGAUGACAUAGCUCAGGCGAUCCAUCGUAUGGUGGACGCAAUGCAGCCCAUAGCGGCGCUACCUAGAGCUGUAGUGGCACCUACUCGGCCAGUAGCUAUGGAGGAUUUCAUGAAACACCGACCGGCCAAGUUCUCUGGCAAGGCCACUCCUGACGAGGCAGAUGCGUGGAUGCGGGAGUGUGAGAAGAUCUGUAGAGUGCUGGGAUGCACAGAUGAGCAGAGGUUGUUGUUUGUCACGUUCCUUCUGGUGGCGGACGCAGAAUAUUGGUGGCAGGGGAUGCAGCAGUUGAUGCAGACCCGUGGGGAGCAGGUGACGUGGACUGUCUUCAGGACGAGGUUCCUGGAGAAGUACUUUCUCGACAGUGCGAGGCACGAACGGGAGGCAGAGUUUCUUACUCUUCAGCAGGGGACUAUGACUGUGGCGGCUUAUAUAGAGAGGUUCGAAUACCUGGCGCGUUUCUACACUCCAGAGGUUACUGAGGAGUGGAGGUGUAGGAGGUUCAAGGGCGGAUUGAAACAUGAGAUACGCCGCUUUAUUGUGCCACUUCGGAUUAGAGAGUUUCCAGUUUUGGUCGAGCAGGCCAAAACUGUGGAGCAGUUGGAGACUGGAUCGAGUAGUGGGGGGAAACAACAGAGGACUACCUCAGAUGUCAGACCUCAUAGGAAACCUUAUAGCAGACCGCCGACUACCGGGGGAAGAUUACGGUGUUUUAACUGUGGCGGGGAACACUUGAGGAGGGAUUGUACUAAACCUGCCAGCAGUACAGGUGGAGGCAGUGGUACUGGUAGGUGCUAUGCAUGCCAGCAGACGGGGCACUUUGCACGUCAGUGUCCUAACAGAAGACAAGCUGGUGGUGCGCCAGCUACGAGGCCAGUAGGAGACCGACCCAGAGCACCGGGGCGUGUGUUCGCUUUGAUGACCACAGAGGCGAAACAGUCAGGUAAUCUUUUGCAGUUUCUAUGUUUGUUGUGUGACCAUGAGGUAGUGGUGUUGUUCGACUCAGGAGCCACUCAUUCGUUUGUGUCUAAUGAAUGUGUGAGGAGGCUCGGGCUCACGAUGCGAGAGCUGGGGUGCGAGCUUUUAGUUGCGACGCCAGCGUCUGGAGAGGUAUCCACUACUUCUAUGUGCGUGGGUUGUCCUAUGGAGGUGGCAGGCCGUAGGUUCAGGUUGAAUCUCAUAUGCUUGCCGAUGGAGGGUUUAGAUGUGAUUUUGGGCAUCGAUUGGUUGUCGAGUAACCAUGUCGUCAUAGAUUGCGGGCAGCGCAAGAUAGUGUUUCCAGAUACGGUGGGGUUAGAACUUAUCUCGUCGAAUCAGGCAGUGAGGGAGAUUGAGGCUGGAGCUACAUGUUACAUGAUUGUGGCUCAGGCAGAGAAGAUGAGCACGGCUGAGAAGAUCAGCAGGAUUUAG